AUGAUAUUAUUGUGUUUACUUGCGAUCGCGACAGCUUUUGUGCAUUGUGACAUAAAGGAUGACCACGAGAUUAAGUCGUUGCCCGGGCUGACUGUUACUCCGAAAUUCAAGCAAUAUGCCGGGUAUCUAAAUGUGUCUACAACACGGAAAUUGUCGUAUUGGUAGGAAUGCUUUACAAGGAACAGAGAUAAUACAAGUUUGUUUAACUUUAGGCUUGUUGAAUCGCAAAAUGACACCGAGAAAGAUCCACUGCUCUUGUGGUAAGGAUGACACGAUAAGGCCUUCUUGUUGACCACCCCUUCUGACAGUAUAUUUUUCCAGGUUAAAUGGCGGUCCAGGUUGUUCGUCAUUCUUUGGAACAGUCAUUGAGAACGGACCAUUCCGACUAGAUCCUGGAGAUCAUGUUGAACUCGUCUUGAAAGAGAAUCCGCACGCUUACAACACAGUAAGUCAGCUGCGUUUUUCCUAGCCCUUUUCCUUAUAGUUUGCCAAUGUUCUCUAUUUGGAAAGUCCCGCAGGCGUUGGAUUUUCCGUUACUGACAAUCCGGACUAUGUAAAUGAUGAUAAUACUGUAAGUCAGUCAUACUAGAGCAUCAAUCACAAAUUUCGCGUUUUUCAGACGGCAAUUGACAACCUAGCCUUCCUCAAGGCGUUCCUUGAAGUUCAUCCAAACUUCAAAGGGAGAGAUUUCUAUAUUUCCGGCUUUAGUUAUGCCGGAGCUUAUGUUCCCACACUCGCGGAGAAGGUACUUGAAGCUGGAGAUUCCUUGGCAUUGAAGUUGAAAGUAAAUCGUAUUAUUACAGCAAUGUUCCUUGCAGUUAAACAUGCAAAAAAACAAUCUGUUUAGGGUUUGGCUAUGGGUAAUGCCGUAACAAAGAAGAAGUGGCAGCUUAAAUUCUCACUCCCGAUUUACGCUUUCCAUGGGCUCAGAAGUUCGUUGCAAUUUGGCGAAUGGAUGAAGAAAUAUUGCCCGACUGGCUUUGAAAACUAUUGCGGAGAUGAGAUUGCAGAUGCUGAUUUCGUGAUGGACCCCGGUGUUAACGCAUACGAUAUUAGUCAAAAAUGCGGAAGCGAUACGGCCUGCGCCGGGAGCGGAAUGAGCCACUACUUCAACCAGCCGGAAGUGAAGAAGGCGUUGCAUUUUGAUGAUCAAGCAUGGACAUAUUGCAAGUGAGUGACUUACGAAUGACUUUGGACUACUGAAAUUUAGGGGUUUGAACUACAAUCAAUUUAAUGAUAUGGAACCAAUUGUUCGUGGAAUUUUGGACAAAAAAAUCAAGGUUUUGUAUUUCUAUGGAAAUCUGGGUAGGUCCAGGGACCUAUACCUAAUACCACUUAAAAAUUUCCAGACACCAUUUGCCCAUUUAUCGAUGGAGACCUGUUUACUCGAAAGAUUGGUGGAGUGGGACAGAGCGAUCAUUGGUUUGUCGAUGGGAAUUACGGCGGCACAAGGACGGUCUACCCAAACAACCUGAUCUUUACAACAAUCGCGGGAGCUGGCCAUCCAACGGCUUUGGGCAAACCAAAGCAGAUGGCUAAUGUUCUCCGGAAAUUCAUCAACGAUAUCAGUGAUUGGAAUGAGUAA